GUUAAUAUCAUCUUACUAGAACCCUACCGUAAUAAUUUGUUUAGAUCUGGGUUUAAUUGGACCUCAUCCGAUUUAAUAUGAUUUGACCUUGUUUGAUUAUACUCAAGCAGUCAAGCUUGUGCCCGUGACCAAGUCCGAGUUCCUUGUUCUCUCCCCGUUUAACGAACACGAUGGUCCGCUGUUUUGCCUGUUUAUAAUCUAUAUCAGCCAUGGCGACGAGGCCGCAUUCCAGGUCGCUGAUUCUCAGGGCCGCACCUUUCUUGGCCUCCCGGAUCCGCCGAAAUGCCACGCUUCUCCGUUCUAGACCAUCUUCAUCCUCUGCGAUGCCGGAACAGCAGCCUGAACUCAAAUCUCAGAACGAUUCCGUUUUCAUGACUGAGAAUUGCGUCCGGAGAAUGAAGGAGUUGCAAGCCAGUGAGCCCGAGGAAAAGAUGCUUCGCUUAAGCAUUGAAGCUGGUGGCUGCUCUGGGUUUCAGUAUGAAUUCUCCCUAGAUGGCAAGGCAAAUGCAGAUGAUAGAAUCUUUGAGAAGGACGGAGUUAAACUUGUGGUCGAUAAUAUUUCGUUUGAUUUUGUCAAAGGUGCAACAGUUGAUUAUGUAGAGGAGCUCAUCCGUUCUGCCUUUCAGGUAUCUACAAACCCAAGUGCUGUAGGUGGAUGUAGCUGUAAAAGCUCUUUUAUGGUGAAAUAGUAAAUGGAUACUCUCUCAAUAAGGUGCGUACCGAACGAAACGGAUUCGGGUGAAUGAAUAUUGUUCGUCAAUGGUUUUGGAACCCCAAUGUGUAUAUUAUUCAAAUCAAUAGACAGAUGUUAAUGUGUCAAAACUCAGAAUUGAUAGCCACAGCUUUUCUUUGUAACUGCCUUGCUUGUCUGUUUGGUAAUAAGUUUAUGUUUACUUUGGUCUCCCUACCAAACAUAAACACCAAGGCUAGCUGUAGACAUAUGAUUUUUUUAUAUAUAGAGACCCAAGUUUGCCAGGUAAAUUACAUGUUUAAAAUGCCUGUUGAAAUGAGGCAAUAUAUAGGAUGUAUUUGUACUACUUUUCUUCAGGAUUUACAGCUCAAAGAAGAUAUAUCAUUACUUGGCCGGCCCCUUUGUCCCAUAUUUUUUUUGUUGUUGUAUGAAGUUGACAAGUUUUUUUUUAAUGAAGUAGAAAUUGUGCC